UAAGAGAUAUAUUUUAUAUAUAAGACAACAUGAUACUGGAGGAAUGUCGAGAGCUUGUGGACCGUCAAAUGCCAAAGUUGGUCAAGCUAUUGCUGGAAUCGGAGGUGGAGGAUGAUACCUAUACGAAUUGCUUAAACUCUGCGCUCUACUGCUUGGAGAGCUACGCCAAGCCCUUAAAUACUGCGGAGAGUAUCUCCCAAAAUUUAGGCGACUUCUUGGAUCGAUAUGUGUGCGAACGUCUGGAAAUUAUGGCGCAAACUAUUAAAAAGCUCUGCAAUGUGAUACUCGACGAUAUCAUUAUAACGGAUGGCUUUAAGUUGGCGCUGCUGGAUUUUAUGCUAUCUGUUAACUUUAAAGCCUUUCGCUCCGCUCGCAUUCACUACGACGACUAUAUGGCUCGAGGAAGGAAUGUACUCAAAGCUCUGGCUGCGGCACAGAGCACCACCGCUUUAUAUGGCAGAAGGGAAAACAAAUUGGAUUCAUAUAGGGAAACGUUGAGUUCGAAAAACAAGUCAACGUCAACAUCUGAGGAGGAAGUUCUGAGCGAGUCCACAGCCAGUUUACAUACGAUACGCUCGCAGGAUAUUUCCGAUAAUAUAGAAACACUGGCCAUAGGCUCUAGCUCGGACGAGCUCUAUCCAAAUCAGGAGGAGGAAGCGAUUGAUAUGCCUCCUAAGUUGAAUCGUUGCAGUCGCCGCUUCAUUGUUGCGUUUGGCAGCUAUUUGCGUAGCAAGUUCAACAAUGCGCCGCAGUGCUUGAUGGAGUACGGCGAGGAGGGUUUCGUCUUACGUGAGAUACUCUGCAUGUUCUUUCUGCCAGGCGAUUGUCACUUCUUUCACAUGGUCAAUCAUAUGAUAGACCUGCGUCCCGACGUCAUCAGCAAUAAGGAGACUAGGCUAUAUAUAGUGGAGAAGUUUCUGCGGCCCUUGCAUCACAUGCAAAUGAUGCAGCUGUAUAUUAACUGUAGUGAAACAUCCAAAGAUAAUACCGAACGAACGGAGACGUUGGUCUGCCUAUCGGCGGCAUUCCGGCGCUUGCUCAAGCCAAUUGUGGAGGUGCUCACAUAUUUUGAGCGCAGUCUGUCCAAUGAUUUUGAGUUGUUGAGCCUGCGUGACUUGCGUCGCGCCACAAAGACAAGAUUCGAGACUCUUGAGCGCUUGUGGAGCCUGGCGGCCGCCACAUACAUGUCCUAUCCGGCUGAAUUCGGCAACGAGCCGCACUCACGCAGUCAGCACAUCAUUUGCAGUCUGGUCGAGCUGACGCUGCAGACACUCACCGCAAGGGACCCAGAGAAACGCGCCUAUGCGGCUGCCUUGCUCUUGAAUGAGCUGCAGGUGAUAUGCCGUUUCCUUGACUCUUGGUGGCAGACGGGCGAGUUCAAUGACUGGUACGAAGAAUUCGCUUUUAAGAAAUCGGAGAGAAAUUGUAGAACAGAGUAUACGAUGCGCCCGCUCGACUAUGGGCAGCCGUAUAUGAAAAUCUGUAGGAUCCAUAGGAUUAUAAGGCGACAUAUCGAGUCGGCUGGACCAGCACUCGCCGCUUUAUACGAUUCGCGGCGAUUGGCAGACUUUGUCAACGAGCAUCAAGAGUUGCUGACGAGAAAACUGCAUCAAGCAGUGGUGCAUUCUAUGUACGAGGAGCUCAGAUUCUAUCAAGUGCAUGCGCAGAUGCCUGUCCAAGCAGGCCGUGAUAUAUUUUGGCAGCUCAGAACAACCAACGAUCAGCAGUUGCGCAGCCUUUACUAUGCCUAUUACGUGGAGACAAUGUCAGACUUAAAGCAGGCCGAAUUCUGCAACAUCGAUGAGCUGCUGAGGCGCUGCCAAAACUGUGUGAUCUAUACGCCGCUCGCAGAGCUCAUCUUCCAGACAUUCGAGCGUCAUUUGGAGCAGCGUGCUCUGCUCGUAAACCGAUAUGUGAAUUGUCUUAUCCAGAAUCGACUUCACUUGGCCAAAGUGUUUGAGAAAUUGCGUGCGGUCUAUUUGCUUUUCAAUUUCAACGAGUUUGAUAAAGAGUAUUCACUAGCAUAUGGUUAUCUGGAAAAUGGAUUGAUUGUCAAAGGUGCUGAGCAGCUGCAGGUCAUUAUGAAUAGGUAUAAUUCCAUGGCAAUGCUCCGAAAUGAUCCAUUCUAUGUGGCGCUGCCCAUUACCAAUAUCGAGCAGCUUUCACUGGCCUACAGCUGCAAUAAAAUGUUGAACGGCAUAAUUACAGAGCAGCAGAUCAAAAGCUACAACGAGGCAUUUCGCAUGCGUUUGCCGCUGUAUGUGACGGUGUAUCGCGUGAAGCAGCUGCCACCGCUCAACAGUGAUAAUGCGGUGGCCGAGUCUCUGUCUGAACUGCAGGACACAGUGGUGCAAGCUCUGGAGAAGCACUUCCAAAUUGAGGCCCUGCAACGGGCUGUGGAUCAACUAGAUGAGAUUUUGCCACGCAGCGAGAAACUGUCGCAUCUGCAGAUAGCGCAUCAGGAGUUCGUAAGCCUGAUGGUAUCUAGCCUAAAGCUAGGCGUCUAUCGCUCGCAGCACGAGCAGCAAGAGCUGCUGACAAUGGCACGCAUCGUCAUCUGCCUGUGGCGACGCGUUGAAUACAUACUCCUCUACAACAUCACAGAGGAGGACACGGGCUGUGAUUUUGCUGAUAAAUAUGAUGAUCAUAAUAUGGCCUAUUUCUUGUCUGUAAUGACUGCUACGAAGGCCAUGCGCUCCCUGCAUCCGUUAAAGGAUAUUGUCAAAUAGAUACUGAUACAAAAAAAAAAUCAGCUUAAAUCUCUUCAACUGCAUCAGCAAAUCCGCAAAUAAGUUUUUAUCAAUUUUCGGUGUGCGUCGCGCUUUUGUGACAAAAACCGCAAAUUAAAUCGUUUUGGGCUGCCUCCACGCAAUUUAUUUGUAGCGUGUAGCCAAAGCCGCAAGCGCCACGCCCACUCGCUUAAAUGAAAAAAACAAAACUCGUAGAAAUUAGAGCUGGCAGCUGGGCAAGCUCGACUAUACCAAAUCACAUGCAGCAACCAAAAUGAUUCAACGGAUUCUGCGGCCGCAGCGGUCGCUGCUACACACACACACACACUCACACACACAC